GGGUAUUUUUAUAGGUGUUAUUGUAGUAGUAGGCGUUCUUAAAGCUGUAUGGGGAAUGUAUAAAUUGGUUAGAGGAGCAAGUAGAAAAUUAUUGGAAAGAGUCGAAUUAACAAUUCUUGAAGUGAACGAAUCGUAAUUGCAAUUUUAGCUAUCUUUGCCUAAAUUAUGAUCCUAAGUUAUUUAUUUAUUUUUCAUAAGUAAAUUUCUUUAUUUACACUUCAAAACAAUAAUAAUUGCAAUUUUUGUUAAGUAAUUUGAUAAAUAUUUUACUACAUUCCUUUUUUUUGGAGAAUCUAAAGAAUAAAUUUAUUUUUAGUGAUUAGAAUAGUAGAUAAUCAUGAGCAUGUGAUAUUUGAUCGCCGUAUCACGAGCAUAUCAAUAUAAAAAAAAAAAGCAUUUUUUUAGCUUUUCAUUUAUUUUUUUUUUAAGUUUAAAAAUGGCAACCACAAAUGAUAAAGAAAACUUUGUUAAUUCAUUAAUAAUUAAAUAUGUAGAUGCAUUAGAUAUUGAAAGAGCAUUUCAAUUAGAAUCUGAAGGAUAUCCACCGGAAGAAGCAGCAACGUUAGAAACAUUAAAAUAUCGACAAAAAGUGGCACCUAAAUUAUUCUUAGGCGUAUACCUUCCAUCUUCUUCUUUAUCACCCUCACCACAAUUAAUUGGUUACAUUGUAUCAACAUCGACAUUAUCUGAAACAUUAACUCAUGAAUCAAUGACUUUACAUGAAAAUGAAGGCAAAACUGUUUGUAUACACUCUGUUUGUGUAGAUAAACGUUAUAGAAGAUAUGGUGUUGCUACUAAAUUAUUAAAAGAAUAUAUAAGUUUAUUAAAGAAAUCUGAUAACGAAGUAAAAUAUAAAAGAUGUGCUUUAUUAGCUCAUGAAUAUUUAAUACCCUUAUAUCAAAAUGUUGGAUUUAAAUUAAUCGGAGAAAGUGAAAUUGUUCAUGGACCUGAGAAAUGGUUUGAUUUAGUUAUGGAAUUUUAGGAAUUAAUAAUUAUUUCUAAGUAUUAAAUACUU